AUGCGCCAGCUAUAUAUAGUUGGUCCAUUGGAUGGUAGAAUCAUAGGCCAAAGCCAAGCCCCAAGAGAAGUCGACAUGCGCCCUGUUCUUGCGCUAUCCCUGGUCGUCCUGGCCACUCUGGUUGUCCUGUCAUCGCAGGCAGACCCCAGCUCCAGCAGCCCCUCUAGCAGCGACCCCAGCUCCAGCAGCCCCUCCAGCAGCGACCCCAGCUCCAGCAGCCCCUCCAGCAGCGACCCCUCCUCCAGCAGCCCCUCCUCCAGCUCCACCACGACCACCACAACCACCACCACUGCGGCCUCCACCACCACGACCACCACCGAGGCGACCAAGAAGCAUCGGCGCAGGCACCGCAGGAGGAGGAUCAUCAUCAUCCGACGAGGUGGAGCAGGGAGGCGCCGCAGGGAACGCGGUGGCGAUGAUGAUGGCGGCCGUGUCGUGAGGCGCAUCCGCGUACGUGAGCGCCGAGUCGGUCGCCGCUUCGCCCGCUACUAAAGAUCCUGAUCCUGACCAAUGUGUACGA